AUCACAGCACAGGGGAACAGCCACAGCAAGACGCGGCUGAUGAGGGGAUGCGGCAUCGAUGGUCGGGAGCUGUCCACCAGCACCAAGCGCCCAGUCAGGAGGUUAGCAGCGCCAACAGCAGCGCGCCGCAUUCACGCCAAACAGCGCCGAGUCCAGGCGCUCCGCUGUGCAGUUUACCGCCCCCACCUCCGCCGCUCAGACAGCGUUCCUCUAACCCGUAUCACCGGAACCACCGGGAGCUGCCCAACCCGAACGCGUGCAUCCAGCGCGGUAACUCUCCUCCUCAGUUGCAGAGCGGUGGGCAACCGCCUGCGCCGAGCUACGGAACCGAGCAGCGAGUCGAAACCCAGCGCUGCGCGCUAGCCGGACAGCCCCUGCAUCCGCAACAGAGCCUUGGGGCCGCAGCCGGCUUUCCUCCGCAGUCGGAGCAGCCCCUGUGUCAGGGCUGCCACUGCAGUUAUUCUAAGGAGGUGAACCGUCCACGCCAGCGCGAACCCCACACCUACCCGCAGCCCUCCCCAACGCCGCCGCCGCCGCAGCCGCCGCCGUCCUCGCAGCUGUUUUGGCAAAGCCCAAAUCGGGGGGCUCCUCUGCAACAGACAGCUAAUUACCAGCAGGACCCCACCGCCUGUCACUGCGGAGAGGCGGGAGGGCUGCGGGAGCGCGACCAGCUGUUGCAGCAGCAGCACGGUCAUUUCAAACCGCAGCAGCGGGAUCCGUCCUCUGCCUCCGCCGCGCACAACCCGCAGCAGCCGCUGAAUAUAAAUGCACGCGAGCCAAUCGACGCGAGCCAGCGGUUGCUUUCGUUCCCGCCUCAGGACCUGCCGCAGCCGCAGCCGCCGCAGCCGCAGUUACAGGCGCAACAGCAGCGACUGGUGGGGAGCAGCCUGCCUAACAACUACUGCGCCAAAAACGGGUCGGGGGAGCUGAGCAGAAGCCCGCCGCACUGGCGACACCUCCCGCGGCACGAGCGCCCGUGCCCGCCACACUGUGACCAAGACUGCAGGUGGACGGGCGAGAAAAAUAAAUUCCAUCAGCAGUGCGAGCCGCGCUGUGUCAGCCCGCCCAUUCUCCCGCUGGUGAGAAACUCAUCCGCAGGUAGCAGCAACAGAAGCAGCCUCCCCUACUGCUCCAGCAACCGUCUGUGGCCGGAGAACCACCCCCACCAGGACGGACACCGCAUCCGAACUGAGCAACAGCAGGUAAAUGCUGAGCCCAGGAAGCUGAACCAUGCGGGAUCCAAGCCGUCGGUCUCAGAGAGCAGCGGCCCCCUCCCUGAGAUAGCCAUGAACAGCUGCAAGUACAAUGGGGGAGUGGGCAGACCGCUGAGCAGCCUGGGGACGUCACGGCGCAACCUCUCCGAGCUCGACCCCGAGACCCAGCCCCUCCAGACGCUGCACAGCUCCGGCCUGGAGGUGGUGGUCUCCAAAGGCAACGGCGGGGAGCCCGGCAAGGCCUCCCCGGAGAGCCUGGGCAGGUCCGGGGGCAGGGCGCCGCAGAAGAAGAACAAGGACAUCGGCUACAAGCUCGGCCACCGGAGGGCGCUGUUCGAGAAGCGCAAGCGGCUCAGCGACUACGCUCUGAUCUUCGGAAUGUUCGGGAUCGUCGUCAUGGUGACCGAGACCGAGCUCUCCUGGGGGGUUUACACCAAGGAAUCUUCCUAUUCAUUUGCACUGAAAUGCCUUAUCAGCCUUUCCACUGUUAUCCUGCUUGGUCUGAUUAUCAUGUACCACGCCCGGGAGAUCCAGCUGUUCAUGGUGGACAACGGCGCGGAUGAUUGGAGGAUAGCCAUGACCUACGAGCGAAUCCUGUUCAUCGUGCUGGAGCUGCUCGUGUGCGCCAUCCACCCCAUCCCGGGCCAGUACGUCUUCACCUGGAAGGCGCGGCUGGCCUUCACCUACACGCCGUCGGUGGCGGACGCCGACGUGGACAUCAUCCUCUCCAUCCCCAUGUUCCUGCGGCUGUACCUGAUUGGCCGCGUCAUGCUGCUGCACAGCAAGCUGUUCACCGACGCCUCGUCCCGCAGCAUCGGCGCCCUCAACAAGAUCAACUUCAACACGCGCUUCGUCAUGAAGACCCUCAUGACCAUCUGCCCCGGCACCGUGCUGCUGGUCUUCAGCAUCUCCUCCUGGAUCAUCGCCGCUUGGACCGUGCGCGUCUGCGAAAGGGAGACCAUGUAUCAUGACAAACAGGAAGUCACCAGUAACUUCCUGGGAGCCAUGUGGCUAAUUUCUAUAACCUUCCUGUCGAUUGGCUACGGAGACAUGGUUCCUCACACAUACUGCGGGAAGGGCGUCUGUCUGCUCACUGGGAUCAUGGGAGCUGGCUGCACUGCCCUGGUGGUUGCCGUGGUAGCCAGGAAGCUGGAGCUGACCAAGGCGGAGAAACACGUCCAUAACUUUAUGAUGGACACGCAACUCUGCAAACGAGUGAAAAACACGGCUGCUAAUGUACUCAGGGAAACAUGGCUAAUCUACAAACACACCAAGCUGGUGAAGAAGAUCGACCACGCCCGUGUGCGCAAACACCAGCGCAAAUUCUUGCAGGCCAUCCACCAAGCUCAGAAACUCCGUAGCGUGAAAAUGGAGCAGAGGAAACUCAACGACCAGGCGAACACGCUGGUGGACCUGGCCAAGACGCAGAACGUGAUGUACGACCUGGUGUCGGAGCUGCAGGAACGCAGCGAGGAUCUGGACAAGCGCAUCGGGACGCUGGAGGACAAGCUGGAUGCCAUCAGCGGCAGCCUGCAGGCGUUGCCCGGCCUCAUCUCUCAAGCCAUAAGCCAGCAGCAGCGGGACUUCCUGGACGGGGUGACACACCGCUUCCGCCCCGCCUCGCUGGGCUCCGAGCGCUCCUGGACGCCCACACGGCGGCGACGCUCGCCCUCCACCGCGCCACACACUUCCUCCGACAGCGGCUAGCCCGCCUGCCGCGUACCUAACGCCCCCCCCUUCCCGACCCCCCUGAAACCCCG